ACAGUCGGCGAUCAGCGCCAUGGCAGAGCUGCCGCUGCCCGCCGGGCUCAGCGCCAGCACCUUCCCCGCCAAGCUGUGGCGCCUGGUGAACAGCCCCCGCGUCCACUCCGUGCGCUGGGACAGCCAGUCCCGAGGACUGCUCAUCGACCGCUCCCUUUUCGAGCGGGAGCUGCUCAGCCCGGGCGACGCCCAGGGGCCGGCCCCGCACACCUUCAGGGCCACGCAGUUCCGCAGCUUUGUGCGCCAGCUCUACCGCUACGGCUUCCACAAGGUGCCGGGCUGGGUUGGCUCGGCUGCGCCGGGCGAUGCCGGGGCCUGGCUCCACUACAGCAACCCCUGCUUUCGCCGCGACCGCCCCGACCUCCUGCUCCGCAUCAGGCGCCGGAGCGCGGCCAACAGGCAGCGGCGGGCGGCGGGGCAGGAGGGCCGCAGGCGCCGGCCCUGCGGCUCCCAGCAGCUCCCCGGGGCGCGGCCGCUGCCGGACGGGCGGGACGGGCGCAGUCGCUUCCAGCAGCCCCCCGGGGAGCGGCCGCUGCUCGCCCGGCGCCCGCCCUGCAGCUUCCACCUGCUGCACGGGGACCGGCCGGUGCCGGCCCGGCGGGAGGGGCCGAGCGGCUUCCGGGAGCUCUAUGGGGAGCAGCCGCUGCCCGCCGAGCGGGAGGUGCUACGGAUCCCGCCCUGCGAGUUCCUCGCUUUCCACGGGGAGCCGCUGCUGCCGCUCGGGCGGGAGGGGCCCCGCAGCCGCUUCCAGGAGCUCUGCGGGGGGCAGCUGCCUCCGAUUGACCGGGAGGUGCUCAGGAUCCCGCCCUGCAGCUUCCAGCAUCUCCACAGGGAGCAGCAGCCCCCAGCCUACGACCCACGAGCCACCUCAGGCACUUCAGCCCCCAGCGCUCCAUCUGGCAGUGCCGGCUGUGCAGCAUCGACGGCCUCCAGCUCAGCCUGGAAUGCACCUGAGGAAAAGGAAUGGCCACCAGUGGAUCUUGGCUUUGCUGUAGAGCAAAUGAUCCAGGAGAUCAGGAGAUCCCUGCCUGAAAGGCCUCCCUCUGCUCAGGGCAAUAUUAAUGUUGCCCCUGAGUCUUCAGGAGGGGAGCGUGUGAACCGGGCUGCAGCAGAGGAAACGUCAUCUGGCACGGAGAGCUGCGGGAACAGUUCCCCAGAGCCCGAGGAGCUUGAUCCCGUGUGAUCAGCUUCUCCAGGAGGGCUGCCCUGUGUGGCAGGAAGAGACAGAGGGAGAGCCUGUGACCAUUGGGCAGGUGGAAUUCCUCUAUCUCUAGUUAUAGAUGUGUAUAGUUAUAUUUAUUGAUCUAUGUAGUUGUGUUUAUAGAUUUAUGUAGUUAUAUUUAUCUAUCUAUAUAGACAGAGAUUUGUACAGUUAAUUUAUUUGUAGUUUUAGGUGUAUAUAUUUAUAUUUUUAGAUGUGCAGUUAUAGUUAUAGAUGUCCAUAGUUGCAUUUAUACAUGUGUAUAGUUACAUUUACAUAUAUAUAUAGUUACAUUUAUAGACAGGCAUAUUUAUAUUGAUAUAUGGGGGUUUAGUUACAUAGAUUGAUAUCUGUAUAGGUAUAGGGCUGUUUUUAACCUCUUCCCCUGCUCUGCUUCCUCCCUCACCUCUUGCUUUUCCCCCUGUGCCCCCUCUGUCCCCUCUCCCUGUGCUGGGUCCGAGCUGGCAGCCGGGCCGGGCGGAGCAGCAGUUCCAGCCCCGGGUGUCCCUGGAGCGGUGGGAGCUGCCGGUGGCCCCAGGCACUGUCCCCUGAGGAGCUGCUGCAGGACGCUGCAGUGAAGACCUAGAGGACAGCCGGAGACUGACGGGAACCAGCAGGGAGAAGCUGAAGGCCAGCAGCAAGAGCAGGGAACGGGGACCUGCCGCUGCCACGCUGGAGAGAGCCCGGCUGUGCCAUCUGCUGUCCCUGUCCAGGAGAGCUGCUCUGCACGGGAGGAAGAGACCGAGGGAGAGGCUUUGAAGAUGGGGCAGCUGAGAU